AUGACACUCAUAAAGCCUCUCAGAUUUAUCACCUUGACAUUCCUCUACUUCGUGACUGUAUCAACCAUGUUGGUUUAUCCCAGUGAUCCAGAGAUUUUCUUUGAUUGGACAGUCUCUUAUACUCAACGUGCUCCUCUUGGUGUUAAUAAACAGGUGAUUGUGAUCAACGAUCAACUUCCGGGGCCACUUUUGAACGUGACGACCGAUAAUGUUGUUCAUAUCAACAUUCAUAACAACUUGACAGAUCCGUUUCUCAUGACAUGGAAUGGAGUGCAACUAAGGAGGAAUUCAUGGCAAGAUGGGGUGCAAGGGACUAACUGUCCAAUAUUGCCUGGUCAAAACUGGACAUACCAUUUUCAGGUUAAAGAUCAAAUUGGAAGUUUUUUCUAUUUCCCUUCACUUCAUUUUCAAAAGGCUGCUGGUGGAUUUGGUGCCAUUCAGGUGAACAAUCGCGCAGUUAUUCCUAUUCCUUUCUCUCUACCAUACCAAGAUUUCGAUGUACUUAUUGGUGAUUAGUACAAUGCAGACUAUCAGGUAUGCUUAGAUGUUGGGAAUGGUUUGCCCAUGCCAGAUGGAAUCCUUAUCAAUGGGCUUGGACCUAAUGAAGCAACUUUUGACUUUCAACCAGGGGCUACAUACAGGCUUAGAAUUUCAAACGUGGGCUUGAAAACAUCCAUUAAUUUCAGAAUUCAAGACCAUUUGAUGAGGCUAGUUGAGACUGAAGGGUCUUACACCACUCAAGAUGAUGAGUAUGAUAGUCUUGACAUCCAUGUUGGCCAGUCUUACUCGGUCUUAGUCACAGCAAAGAACCAGACAAAUGGCACAUCCUACCCUAUCAUUGCAUCUUCUCGCUUUACUGAAAAUAUACUUGUUGGUCUUGGUGUCAUUCGCUACCCUGGCUCUGUAGCCUAUCCUUUGGGCCCAAUUUCCCCAGGACCAACUCCAUUUAACUAUACCUACUCCAUGUUACAAGCACAAUCCAUCAGGAGGAAUUUAUCAGUGGGAGCAUCAUGGCCAAAUCCGCAAGGAAGCUACUACUAUGGCCAGAUUAACAUCAGCCGUACACUCAUUUUAAAGAAUGGUGUUAUAUUCGAUGGACACAAGCUUCGCUACACAAUUAAUGGAGUCUCAUUUGUACAACAGGACACUCCCUUAAAGUUGGCUGACUAUUUUCGGCUUAGUGAUGUAUUUGAGCCUAACAUUAUGUUUGAUACACCUAAUGACAAUGUUCUUCUAGUUUUGGGCACCUCAGUUGUUGAUGCCAUGUACCAUGAUUAUGUGCAUGUGGUCCUCCAGAAUCCUCUUCAACAAAUACAAACAUGGCACCUUCUUUUCUCAACCCCUUUCAUGGGGUUUGGAACAUGGGAUGAGAGUAAGAAGGAAUCAUAUAAUUUAUUCGAUGCUGUUUCUCGCUCCACAAUCCAGGUAUAUCCACUUGCACGGACAGCAAUAUUGGUGAAGUUGGACAAUCAAGGAAUGUGGAAUCUCAGAUCACAAAAUGCAGAGAAUUGGUAUCUCGGGCAAGAGCUGUACAUACGAGUCAAAGGAAUUGGACAAGAUGACCCAUCAACCAUUCCUAUACAAGACGAAGCUCGGAUUCUUGAAAAUGUCAUUAAAUGUGGAAAAACCACUUCUCUAUAA